CAAAUAUUUUGUUCUGCUAAACCCAAAGAUAACUUGUUUUCCACAUUCAUUUUCACGUUCUUCUCUUUAAAUAGACAAAUAAAAUCAAUUCCCCACGCUCCUCAAAUGAGGCUACACCUGACCACACCCAAAACAACGGCCAAACUCCUCCUGUCAGCCUCUGAGAAUCUCAUUAUUCUACAUUCAACAGGCACCGCGCUCACAGCCGCCGCCGCCGCCGCAGAGGUUUCACCUCAAAUUGGCAGCUGCGACCAGCAUAUCACUUUGAAUGUUGGUGUAUUGAUACAGCGUUAUGUGUGAAAGGGAAGAUGAGAGGUGUUCGGUUUCUAAUCCUCUUAGCAGCAUUAUGCUGAGCUUCGUUCAAGCCCUGACAUGCGCUGCGCCCUCGUAACUCCCCAAAACCCGGAGUCAGCAUCUCUGCGCCCGUUACGCACAGCUGGAGGGACUGUCCGCAGCCGGUGCUACAGUCCUUCCACAGGUUGAAACUGCCCGCUGAAAAAGAUGAAACGCUCUCCGUGUACGGGUGUGUGUCUCCUCCCUGCCAGCGGAGUCUUCUCGCCACAUAACGGAGCUGCACUUAUCGAAGAAUAGCCAUGCAUCUGGCAUAACUUCCUGUUUUGGAGUCGAGACCGCGAUGAUGGCAGUGAACAGGCACUCUCCUCACAGGAGGAGACUCAAGCGCAGUCGCGUCCUCUUCCUCGUCUCAGGUGUGCUGCUGUGUUUGGUCUACACGCUGACUCUGAAGGCCAGGCUGUCAGAGCCGCGAGCCUCCGCCCAGACGUAUGACGCUCUCGGAGCAGAGGCGGGGGAUGUAAAGGUCAACAUUCGGGAGGUGAUGGCGUCCAAUGAGACGGAGGAGGAGGUUGUCUCACCUGAGAGCACCACACCUCCCCUGGUGAUGAUCGUCAACAGGACAGACAUUGAACAGUGUAUAUACGUAGAUCCUCAGCCCCCCAAACCUCCUCCACCACCACCAACCACCACCGCUCCCCCUCGCCCCCCACCUCAGCCCCCUCACAGGAAGGGCGAUUACCCAGAGGACAUCUUCUCAGUGGAGCAGCGACAGCAGGGAUGGGUGGCCCUGCACGUCCUCGGCAUGAUCUACAUGUUUGUGGCACUGGCCAUCGUCUGCGAUGAGUUCUUUGUUCCCGGGCUGGAGGUCAUCACCACCAAGCUGCAGAUCUCUGACGACGUGGCCGGGGCCACCUUCAUGGCAGCCGGAGGCUCCGCCCCGGAGCUCUUCACCUCCCUGAUCGGAGUCUUCAUCUCCCACAGCAACGUGGGCAUCGGCACCAUCGUGGGCUCGGCCGUCUUCAACAUCCUGUUCGUGAUCGGCAUGUGUGCCGUGUUCUCCCGGGAGAUGCUGCACCUGACCUGGUGGCCGCUCUUCAGAGACGUCACCUUCUACAUCCUGGACCUGAUCAUGCUGAUCGUCUUCUUCCUGGACAACAUGAUCCUGUGGUGGGAGAGCAUGAUGCUGGUGCUGGGCUACGUCAGCUACGUCAGCUUCAUGAAGUUCAACAGUCAGAUCGAGCACACCGUCAAGAGCCAGAUUAACAAGCACAUGAGUAUCGUCAAGGUGUGGACCGCAGAGGAGCCGGAGAAGGAUAGUGAAGCUCCACCAGCACCACCUCCUGCUGCUCCCUCUGCUGCUGCUCCUCCUCCUGCACCAAAAGCUAAAGAUAAACCUGAACCUGAACUGCCUCAGAGCUCCAUUCAACCAAUCAAACCGCCAUCAGAGCCACAAGAGGACAGAACAAGACUCACAGUGCGUCCCGUCCUGCAGCGAGGCGGCAGCUCGGCGUCCCUCCACAACACGUCGCUGAGGAGCACCAUCUUCCAGUUGAUGAUCCACACGCUGGACCCUCUGGGAGAAGAUGGUGAAUACACGCCAGCUGAGCCGGCCAGUGUUGCCGGUGCACCAGCGGGCGCUGCGGCCGAGCCGUCCACCUCCCAGCCGCAGAAGACAGAAGAGACGAGCGAGAAGACGGCCGACCAGCCAGACGAGUCAAAGGCGCCAGCGGGGGGUUCAGAGGGCUCGGAGGGCAGCGCUGAGGACGAGAGCGGCGGCGAGGAAAGCGGGGACUCCGGUGAGAGUGAAGGUGAUGAUGAUGAUGAAAGCCAGGAGGAAGAGGAAAAGCAGCAGCAGGAGGAAGAAGAGGAGGAGAACAAACCGUUGUCUUUAGAGUGGCCUGAAACCAGACGCAAGCAGGCCACUUAUCUGCUCCUGCUGCCCAUCGUGUUCCCGCUGUGGCUCACGCUGCCGGACGUCCGCAACGUGGCGUCCCGACGGUAUUUUGCCAUCUCGUUUAUUGGCUCCAUCCUGUGGAUCGGAGUGUUCUCCUACCUGAUGGUGUGGUGGGCUCAUCAGGUGGGUGAGACUAUUGGCAUCUCAGAGGAAAUCAUGGGCCUGACCAUCCUGGCGGCCGGGACGUCCAUCCCUGACCUGAUCACCAGCGUGAUCGUGGCCCGGAAAGGUCUGGGGGACAUGGCCGUGUCCAGCUCGGUGGGCAGUAACAUCUUCGACAUCACUAUAGGCCUGCCGGUCCCGUGGCUCAUAUACACUUCCUUACACAACGGCGAGCCGGUUACGGUCAGCUCCAACGGCCUGUUCUGUGCCAUUGUGCUGCUCUUCCUCAUGCUCCUCUUCGUCAUCAUCUCCAUCGCCGUCUGCCGCUGGAAGAUGAGCCGAAUGUUGGGCUUCACCAUGUUCGUACUGUACUUUGUGUUCCUCGUGCUCAGCGUCCUGCUGGAGGAUCGCAUCCUCACCUGCCCCGUUUCCAUCUGAGCUGACGGGCCGAGCUGCACACGUACGUCCAGACGGGAUCAGUCCUGUCUGUAGGAUGUGUUGGAUAGAAGAACCAAGCCUGGUGUCCAAGGGCUGACCUGGAGCACACUAGGGGUGUCCCCGGCUAAGAAUUUUCAUAGUCAUAAUUUUCAUUUUCAUAGUCAUUGUUAAAGGACAAAUCUGCCGCAAAAUGAA